UCAUUUUAUUUUUGAAAUCCAAACAUUCCAAACAAUAACCGCGGUUUAUGAUUAAACAGUCGAGUAGUUGUGCUCGAUCCAAACUGAUACGUUAAUAUGUUGUUCUUAUCAAGUAGACAAUUACCAUGUGUUCGCAUUUGACUUGUAGUUUGUACUCGGGAUUAGACAGUGAUCGGUAGCGAACAUUUUUAAUAUUUGCUUGUAUAGUCGGUAUUGGCUCUUUGUAUAAUGCAUUUAAGAUUAUUUUAGUUCAUUCAAGCAAUUCAAUACUUUUUAUUUUUAACAAUAAAUUGAAUAUUUGGUGAUAGGUAUUAAAUUGGCAAUACCUCGAAAAUGUCAGAAAAGGAAGGAAAAUCUAUCGUGUUAGAUGGUGGAUUAUCUGAAAAUACUAUGACUACCAAGGAGAGUCUCAUAAAGUUGGAGCAUUCAACCUCUGAUACUGAAACUAUAACAGAUAUACAAAAUUACUUGGAUUUAUUUAAUAAAGAAAUAGAAGCAAAUGAUGUACCACAAGUACAAACUACAAACUUAGAUGUGAACUCUGAAUCGGCAUAUUCAAUGAAUCAAAAUGUCCAAUAUUAUUAUCAAACAACUACAAGAGAUGGCCAGAUGAUUAUGAUUGGAGAAUAUGAUUUACAAAUGAUGGCUAACAUAAAUCAAAACCAUAUAAGCAACUCAACUCAAAUUGCACUGCCUAAUCCACAAGAUAAAAUUAAUGAUAUCCCUCAAAUUGUUGGUUUAGGAGAUGGUGCUGAGUAUCAAAGUGUGUCUCUUGUUCAAGAUGAAGGUGACCCCAGCAAUUAUGUUGUUUAUGUGGUCAAACAAAAUGACAAAAAUGAGGAAACAUCAAAUGUUAGUAUGGAGAUUUCUCAAGGAACCUAUGAUCCCGAUGUUAGGAAUAUAUAUAAUUUCAAUGUUAAAGAAGAUCCAACUCUACCAAAAAAACAAGAAGUAGAAGAUUUUGGUGAAAAAAAUAACAAAACUCAAAUACCUAAAAAGUUGAAGAAUGUAACUCAAACGCAUAUGUGUAAUCAUUGUAAAUACUCUACUAGUAAAAGGUAUUUGUUGUCUCGUCAUAUGAAAUCUCAUUCUAAAGAACGUCCACAUAAGUGUGAUGUUUGUGAACGUGGUUUUAAAACUCUAACUUCUUUAACUAAUCAUGUUAAUACUCAUACUGGAACAAAACCACAUAAUUGUCGAAGUUGUUCAAGUUCUUUUACUACAUCGGGAGAACUUGUUAGACAUGUUCGGUAUAAGCAUACUCAUGAAAAACCACAUAAGUGUUCAGUAUGUGAUUAUGCUAGUGUAGAAAUGAGUAAAUUAAGAAAUCAUAUGAGGUGUCAUACUGGUGAAAGACCAUACCAAUGUCCCCAUUGUACUUAUGCAAGUCCAGAUACAUUUAAAUUGAAACGCCAUUUGCGUAUACACACUGGUGAGAAACCAUAUGAGUGUGAUAUUUGCUUUGCUAGAUUUACUCAAUCCAACAGUUUAAAAACACACAGACAAAUACAUAGUGGCGAUAAGCCUGUAUUUAAAUGUGACCAUUGUCCAGCCACUUGUGGUCGUAAAACUGAUUUACGUAUUCAUGUACAAAAGCUUCAUACCUCUGACAAUCCUAUUAAGUGCAAACGAUGUGGUGAUACAUUCCCUGAUCGUUAUCAGUUCAAGGUUCACUCUCUUUCACACAAAGGAGAAAAAUGUUUCAAGUGUGAAUUGUGUUCGUACGCUUCUAUGACUCAACGUCAUCUUGAAAGUCAUAUGUUAAUACAUACAAAUGAAAAACCAUUUCAAUGUGAUCAUUGUGAUCUGUCAUUCAGACAAAAACAAUUACUACGCCGCCAUCAUAAUUUGCAUCAUAAUCCAACAUAUGUACCACCUCCACCCCAUGAUAAAAAGUUUCUCUGUAAGACAUGCAUAAAAUCAUUUAGACAUAAAGGAAAUUUAGUAAGACAUAUGGAAAAUCAUAUGCGAAAAUCAACUGAAAAGGAUAGAAAUACUAUAUUUAAACAAAAACUUGAGUAUACAGAUUCAACUAAUGAGGAUGAAUCUGAGGAGGACACUAGUAUUCAACCAAGUGGCACCGAAUUUAUAUCAAUAGAAGGUAGGGAUGGACAACAAUAUGUUCUACUAAAAAUGGUUGAACUUGGUGGUCAAAAUCAGAGAGAUAACACUUCUACAAGCUUAUCAACAAAACAAGUUGAUCAAUCUUCUUCACCAAAUCAAAAAGACCUUUCAAUUUUAGAACCAAUGUCUGUAGCAGACGUGAAAGAAGAAUGUGAAGAUGACGUUGAAAAUUUUUUCGGUUUUUGAUGUCGAAGAUGAUGUAAAAACAUCAAACUCAGGUGGUUAAAAGUAUCUAUAAUUUAAGUGUGAAUUUUUUUCCAUUUUCUUAUAUAUUAUUUGUAUACCGAGUUUUAUGUUUUUAGCAUUUAUGUCAUAAUUGAUGUAUAGUGUAAUAUAUUGAACAAACUAUUCUGCUGCUCUGUUAAUGUCCUAAGUUGAUGUUAUUUAGAUUAAUCAUAUUUGAACC